GGUGGGAUUUGCUUUCUUUCAUUUUCUUCCGCGAUUCAAUUCCACAAAACUCAAUUUUUCUUCCAACUAAAUAAUUCCACCCACACACUUAAUGUGUGUGAAAAUAAACACACAUACGAUACUAUAUAUAUGUGGUGUAUUUAUCGUAUCCCAUUUUUCUUAAUGUGUUGAUUACUCAUUCUCCGCCUCUCUCUCUCUCUCUGCAUUGCCAUCUCUCUCUCUCUCUCUCUCUAUAUAUAUAUAUAUAUGAAUCUCCCACUCUCUCACACACACAAACACUGAGCCUCAGAUUCUUUCAUCGCUGCCUUAAUUCUCGUCUCUCUCUCCUAUCCACUUUCACUCGUUAAGCCCUCAUCUCAAAAAAAGAAAAAGAAAAAAAAAAGUAAUUGAAAUCAGUGAUCUCGACGAUGAAGGUGCGGCUGUGCGAGCUCUGCAAUGCGAAGGCUGCCGUCUUCUGCCCCUCCGACGCCGCAUUCCUCUGCUGGACAUGCGACGCCAAGGUCCAUGAGGCGAACUUCCUCGUCGCGCGCCACGUCCGCCUCGGCGUCUGCUCCAAUUGCAGGAGCUUCACCGCCGAUUUGGUCGCCGGCGUAGGCCCCCGCCCCUCCGCCAACUGCCGCUCCUGCCCGCCAGAGUCGGCAGAGGAGGACGACCUCGGCUCGAUCUCGUCAACCAGCUCCUCCGCGUGCGCCUCCAGCACCACCACCUCGCCGCCGGAGAAGGUUUACUCCGGCGACUCGUCCUCCUCCUCGCGGCGGCGGACGUCGUCGAGGCCGCGGGUGGGUCGUCUCAAAGCGGCGGAGGGUGUUUUCGCCGAUUGGUGCGGCAAGCUCGGGAUGGAGACCGGCUCGGCUGCACGGACGGCUUGCAGAGCGUUGAAUUCGUGCGGCGAUCGGUGGACGGCCCUGCCGUUCCGCGUGUGCUUGGCGGCUGCGAUGUGGCUCGGGCUGCGGCUCAGCCUUGAGAGGUCGGUGCUGACGUGGAGGGUUCUGAAACGGUUGGAGGAGAUCUCCGGCGUGCCGGCGAAGAUUAUAGUAGCCGCCGUGUCGAAAUUGGAGCGAGGUGUGAGAGGAGGUGAAGUGGACAACCGGCGCCGGCCUCAACUGGAAGAGGGAUGGGCUGAGUGCUAGGUUCAUGGCGCUCUCUUUCUGUAUUUUCUUUUUUCUGGAUGGAAAUUAAUGGUUUAAGAAAAUAUUUUUAAUUUUAUCUAAGCUUUCGUUUUA